AUGGAUCACAAAUCGUGGACGCUUCCGGUAAAGCGUGUUCCUGUUGCCCAAAAGGUUGAUCGCAGCGUAAUAUGGAAUAACGUUUACCUGUGCUAUGAACAGAAGCUCUUUGGUCAAGUGACUUGUGCUAAGUACAAUAAUGCCGGGACGGUUCUCGGAUGCACUUCGACAAAUCAACUUACUUUUUUAAGGGUACCACAGUCUGAAGGUGCCAUAACAAAUGAGCAACGUGAGAAAAAAUGUUUUUCGCUUCGCUUCAGAGAUGAUGAUAAAAUGAGUCUCCUUUCUCUUGAUCAGCGCGUUGUUGUGAGAUCAACUGAAACAGCAUUUGAACGACAAUUUUUAGGACAUAUUAGAGAAGUCAGAGAUGCUAUUUUUCUUGGUCGGCAUAAUUUUGUCUCUGGGAGUGAUGACACAACUAUAAGACUAUGGGAUCUUACAAAUGAAAAUGAACUUACUAUGAGUAAAAAUCACACUGACUAUGUUCGUUGCCUUGAGAAUUAUUCAUCAGGGUGCUUCUUCAGUGGUUCUUAUGAUCAUACAAUAAAUUUAUGGGAUACUCGCGCUGGUUUUGGACAUCCUAUUCAAACAAGUGACCGAAGUAUCGAAAAUCCUGUAGAGUCUUUGCUCUAUACAGAAAAUGAUAUUUUGGUGUGUGCUGCCGGAGAUCAAGUAACCUUGUUCGAUAUGCGAAAGGGUCUCUCAACAGUCUUAUCACAAGAAUCACAUCAUACAAAAGCGGUGGUGACGCUUGCUUUUUCGAAGAAGAAUAAUGUCCUCCUUACUGGCUCGCUUGAUCAACGGGUUAAAAUGUUUUCGUUAGAUAAGGGUUCUAUGCUGCCUGUGGCUAGCAAGAAAUUUGCUGCACCUGUGACGGCAGUUACUGUUCAUCCUGAUUCGUCUGAAUUUGCUGUUGGUACAGCUGAAGGGGAGCUCCGUGUAAUGAGGCUUGAAGAGGUUUCUCAUGAGGAAGAAAAAGAGGAGAAUGAGUUUCAUAAAGAGGAGAAUAAGUUUCAGAUCAAACAGGAUGUUUUUUUGGCUGAGAAAAUGAGAGAUGUAAAACAACAGCUCAUCUCGUAUCAAUAUAAUCGAGCGCUGAAAACAGCUUUAUAUUCGCGUAAUUCUGAUGUUGUUGUUUCUACUCUGGAGGAGCUUAUCCGACGCGGAACAUUACAUGUUGCUUUGAGUGGUCAAAAUGACCGUACUAUUGUUCGCAUACUUCGAUUUGCAGUAGACUUCAUUGACUGUCCACAGUUCUAUGAAUCGAUGAUGGUCGUGUUAGAUACAAUUUUUGAGAUUUACGGAACUUCUGUGGGAAAGAGCACAUUCCUUCACAGGGAGAUGAUAAUUGCCCACCGGCGUUUGGGAGCCGUUCUCGCAACUCUCCAGAGAAUGGAAGACACCUUAAGUAUAAUGGAGCUAAUUGUUAACAGCGUUUAA